AUGCCGGUCACCAUACCUUUACAACCCCUCUCCGCACUUGCGCCCACAGGAACAACCGACUCGCAAACGCAUAUGCGCUCGACAAACUCCGAUAUGUCCUCUACCCUGCAACAUGGGCACAAGGGGAUAUGCACCUGCGGGAUCAAAGGCAAGGCUGCUGCAAGUGACGGAGUGUCCGCAGCUGAAAAGCACUGCCCUUCAUGCGAACUCGUUCUCCCCGUUGAGUCCAGCGAACACCCUCUAUUUCCACCGUUACCUUCCUAUGGUCCACCGACAUUCGCUCGAAGUAUUCGAUACUAUGCGAUACAAAUCGUUUCGUUCUUUCUAUCGCUCGCCUUCCUAUCUGUCAUUUGUGUCGGGGCAUUAUUGUGCACAGUCGGCACCGGAAUCUCGGACACUGUUUCGCGGUUCAAAGGCAAGGAUCUGGCUUCGAAGCGUAUAUUCUUUGCGGAGGAACAGACGCGCAGAUUGGCGAGAGCUAAUUCGGAUAUCAAAUGGCAUAUGAGAGAGCAAAAGAAGUACGUGGAUGAAGAACAAGGACUGGACGAGUGUCCCCCACUGGAGGGAGGAAGGGAUCGAAUUGUUUGUGAUGUCGCCUACUACGCCCGACGGGUAGGGCUUGAUGUCGAGGAAUUUCGUGUGCAGACCGAAGACGGGUUCAUCAUCACCCUGUGGCAUGUUUACAACCCGUUGGAAUAUACGGCCUUGUCGGCAGAGGAAAGGCGUGAGCGCGGACCUGUUGCCUUUGAUCAGAAGACAAGAAGCACCUCAUCUCGGUCAGAUCGUCGAUAUCCCGUUCUUCUGAUACAUGGAUUGCUGCAAAGUGCUGGCGCCUAUUGUACCAACGAUGACGAUAGCCUUGCUUUCUUUCUCUGCAAAUCUGGAUAUGAUGUCUGGCUUGGCAACAACCGUUGUGGAAUGAACCCUGAGCACACCAGUCUAUCACCUUCUGAUCCACGUAUGUGGUCCUGGGAUAUCCGACAUCUUGGAACUCUCGACCUGGCUGCUCUGACGUCCCGCGUCCUAUUCGAAACAGGAUUUGACAAAUUGGGCCUCGUUUGUCACUCGCAAGGGACAACGCAAACAUUUGUUGCCCUCGCAAAGGAACAUCGACCCGAGCUAGGAGAACACAUCUCUGUCUUUUGCGCCCUCGCCCCAGCAGCGUAUGCCGGUCCACUAGUGAGCAGGCCGUAUUUCCGCUUCAUGCAGUCUUUGUCCCCUGGGAUGUUUCGCCUCGUCUUCGGUAUACGGCACUCUCGCGUAUGGGUGUUCUCGUUCCUUUUCGGCUGGUCCGACGCGCGUUGGGAACGUGACCUUCGACAUCGCAUGUUCCAAUUCGCUCCUGUCUAUGUCAGUGCUGAGACUAUGCGUUGGUGGCUUGGCAGCGAGAGCUUUGCCAAACACAAGUGUAUACUUUCCACGAUCGACGACACCACACGCGAAGCCAACGAGGAUCAUCGGUCUCAUAAUGACCCGAGCAUUGAACAGGGCGAUGAUCCAAGUGAUGCAUGCUUAGGCUCCAGUGAGGAUAAGGCUUGGUUUGGUCCCCAGACACCCCCAUUCGCUCUCUGGAUCGGUGGCUCCGACGCGCUGGUUGAUGGGCGGAAGCUCUUGCACCGGUUCGAUAGUGGUCGUGAACCGGAUGUCAGGGUUGUGCAUUCGAAGAUCAUAGAUGAGUAUGAGCACUUGGAUGUGCUCUGGGCUAUGGAUUCGAUCGAACAGGUGGGCAAAGAGGUUCGCCAAGUUCUUUUCAAUACCAUGCCCGAGGAUGCGCGCAACAUAUGUAGAACUCCGCGGGGUAUCAACCCUAGCUUGCUAGAUAUUCAAUAG